UUGCCGAAAGAGACUCCUAGCUAGUCAAAUCCCCAAACAUUCCCCAGGUUUUCGGAAACUUCGCAUCUUGCCCUUCCAUUUCCAUUUGGUCCUUUUUUCCUUUUUUCUUUCAUUUCGUUUCCUUUCUCUCAGCUGCAAUUUCCCAUUGACUGCCAGCUAAUUAAGGCGGCAAGUUCUGCGAAUAUACGGCGACUUGUUGGUUCUUCCCCAUAUAGAUAUACUACUAUGAACACAUUCAUGUCUUUGUGAAUAAUAUAUUUUUUGUUUAUUGCCUCUUCGCUAAAACCUCUGUAAAACAGAAGGGUUUUGGGCUCUGCAGUUUCUUGCGGUGCAAGUCGGCGCCUCUGAUUCCUUCACAUUUUUCUAAACCAUUUUCUCAUUAAACAAACACCGAGCAGAAUUUACUAGUAUUCAUUACUGCGAAGAAAUCAGAUACUCUCUCUCUCUGUCUUAAAAAACUGCCUCCUGAAAAUCUAGGGCAAAUUCAACCAAGUUAAACGAGCUGAAUUUUCUCCCGAGAAGAGGCCCCAAGUGUAUCAGCCUGCUCUAAGGACUUCUGAUAUGGCAUUGGCAAGAUUAGCAAGGACUGGCUUUAGGCGAUCGGGAUGUGCCAUUAACAAUUCCGCAAACGAGAAAGAUGUCUUCUUUGAGGGUGUAUUGACGCGAAAGUGUUCUUCACCUUGUGUUGAAAAUGUUCUAGUCAGUGGCAAUCCAUCACAGCUUUCAAACAUCAGGAAGACAGGUCAGAUAAAUUUCUGGAGUAGGGGAAUAAGGAUAUCUCCGCACUCUCAUUUUCCUCAGGCAGAGAGGAUCGUUGAGGAAUCUGAUCCAGUGCAUGAGAGUCCACAUUAUCCUACACUAGAAGCAACUAAACAGGGUGAAAAGCCUAGGGUUGUGGUCCUUGGCACCGGGUGGGCAGCAUGUCGAUUCCUUAAAGGGCUUGACACCAAAAUAUACGACGUGGUUUGCAUUUCUCCGAGGAAUCAUAUGGUGUUCACUCCUUUGCUUGCUUCAACAGCUGUUGGAACCCUGGAGUUUAGAUCAGUUGCCGAGCCGGUUGGUCAGAUUCAGACUGCACUUUCAAAGGACCCAAAUUCCUUCUUUUACUUGGCGUCUUGCAUGGGGGUUGACACAGAUAAACAUGAAGUGUACUGUGAGACAGCUGGCAGUAAUGGACUUCCUCAGGAGCCUUACCAAUUCAAAGUCGCAUAUGACAAGCUUGUCAUUGCUGCUGGAGCUGAGCCUUUGACCUUUGGUAUUAAGGGAGUGAAGGAACAUGCUUUUUUCCUUCGAGAAGUAUAUCAUGCACAGGAAAUCAGGAAGAAGCUUCUCUUAAACCUUAUGCUCUCUGAAAAUCCAGGUAUAACGGAGGAAGAAAAGGAGCGUCUGUUACAUUGUGUUGUUAUUGGAGGUGGCCCAACAGGAGUAGAGUUCAGUGGAGAAUUGAGUGAUUUCAUCAUGAGAGAUGUCAAAGAUCGAUAUACUCAUGUGAAAAAUUACAUCCGUGUCACCCUCAUUGAGGCAAAUGAGAUUUUGUCAUCUUUUGAUGUCAGCCUACGCCAAUAUGCCCAAAAACACUUAACCAAGAGUGGUGUUCGACUCGUGAAAGGUGUGGUGAAAGAGGUUCAUCCCAGAAAGCUUGUUCUUAGUGAUGGGAGUGAUGUUCCUUACGGCCUCUUGGUCUGGUCAACUGGGGUUGGCCCCUCUGAGUUUGUGAAAUCACUUAACCUUCCCAAAUCCCCUGGUGGAAGAAUUGGCAUUGAUGAAUGGUUACGCGUUCCCUCGGUUGAAGAUGUGUUCGCAGUUGGAGAUUGUGCAGGUUUUGUUGAACAAACACAGAGGCAAGUGCUUCCAGCUCUAGCACAGGUUGCAGAAAGGGAAGGGAAGUACCUUGUGGAGUUGUUUAACAAAAUUGGGAAGCAGAAUGGUGGAAAGGCUUUCAGUGCAAAGGAUGUUUCUUUGGGAGAGCCUUUUGUCUACAACCAUCUCGGAAGCAUGGCGUCCGUAGGCCGCUAUAAGGCGCUGGUUGAUCUUCGCCAGACCAAGGAUGCAAAGGGAGUCUCCCUAGCAGGAUUCCUAAGCUGGCUGAUAUGGCGCUCCGCUUACUUGACACGUGUUGUCAGCUGGAGGAACCGGUUUUACGUCGCCGUGAACUGGGCAACCACUCUAGUCUUUGGUAGAGAUAACUCGAGGAUCUGAUGAUCAAUCGAUCAGAUUUAGUCUCAGAUUUUUCGAGUGUUGCAAACGUUUUUGUUGGACCAGUUACCAGCUCUUCUUCAGCUUCAAAACUAGUUUAAUAGUCCAUAAACCUAUUCCACAAUGUUUGAGCAGUUUAUGCCUUUAGUAGUUAUUAUAGGAUUAAAGGAGAUAAUAGUCAUUUCCCAGGUAUUUGUGCGAUGUAUAUUGUAGUAGUGGCUAUCUUUGUUUUUUUUUUGGUUCAACGGUUCAGGGUGUCCAUGCCAACUUACGCGCGCCCCUCAACUAAUCAUGUUAAUUAGAAUUAAGUGAAAAAGUAGUUAUUUUGUGCAAUUGUCGAAUGGUUAACUGUCAUACCAUUAAGAUUUAUUCACGUUUUUUGUAAACUCAAAAUGGUAGUGUAAGACAGGUAGGAAAGUCGUUUUUGGUCCAUCUUAUCAUUUGCACACUGGCUAGGUUAUAUCAAUCCUCUUUUUCUGCUCAAAUGAGAAGUGGAUAUGCAUAAAAUUGGUUCUUCUUGUGAUUGGUUUCCAAGGAUGAAUUAGGUCGUGGGUUCGACUGAUAAAGUAGCAUCGACCAUCGUCUUAUCAGACUUAGUCACAUACUAACAUCCUAUCAUGUGAACUAAUGUAUAAUAACAAUUUGCACACAUUAUUUGCUCGAAGAUAGUAAGUAGGUUCUCCUCACUUCUCAACUUGAAUUUGACCUAAAAGAUGAAGCCUGAGAACUUCAACAUUUGGAAGAUGAUUAUGGUUUGAUAAAACAAGAUUCUUUGUUGGCUUCGAUUUCAGCAAGUCAUCGCAAGUAGCGAGCACGAAUGCUACGUGAAUCUUGUUGGCUCCGAUUUGACAAGUCCAUCGCAAGUAGUGAGCACGAACGUUACAUUGGAAGAGGGAAUCCAACCCUCUACAGAUUUCAAACUAACUAGGAAAUCUUAUCAUCGCGCGGUGGUUGUGACAAAAAUUUUGGCCAAGUAAUAACCUAGGGUCAUGAUUGGGUUCUCACAUUCUUCCCUAUGUCAAUACGCAACGUCCUCGAUGAGCACUAUAUGACCCAGUAACGGUUCAACGUCCUCGUUGCGCACUAUGACCCAAUAACGGUUCCAACCAGUCUUGACUUGCCAAUGCACAAAGCAUAACAAGUCAACACGCGACUACACAUAUUCCGAAGUACCAAAAUAAAUAAAUAAACGCGACUACAGAGCGGAGCACAGGAUGUACUACCCAGGGGCUCUACUCCUCUUUGGAAGUGUUAACCAAAGAGACCACCUGGUUGGUUUAAGAGGUAAAUAUGCAGAAUUUCUCCCUCAAUAUUUGGGUUUAAGUCUGCAUAGCCGCUUGGUGAGCUAAACUUACUCCUUCGUGACCGUAGUACUCAGUAAGACCAUCCAAUAUUUACACUUCUACGGCCGUCUCUAUUAGUUGAGACAUAGAAGUAACAUAUAUUAGCUGAAUUAUAAUCAAAUCCCCCGAACAUUAAAAAUAAAUCCAAAUCACAAUUUCUGUUUGUCAAUCUUAUUCAAACUUUCCUUAUCUCACCUAGUAUUUUAUUUUAUUUUAUUUUAUUUAUCUGAUCUCAGCUGGGGUAUUUGAUACGUGCAAAAUCUGAGUAGACUCUAGCAAGGGAACAAAAGUUGAGCUUUAUUGUAGGUGUUCUUUCCUCAAUGCUUUCCUCGAUGUACCCUUAUCGAGUUAUCAAUAAUAUUUUUGCCGAUAAAAAACAAAAAGGAAACAAAAGUCGAGCUUUGUUGAGUCGAGGGGAGCUCAGUUCAUCUGGAUAUCUGAAAAAAAUCUUUACUAAAGUACUAAUCCAUAGCAAAAUUAAUUGCAAAGCAAAUUAAAGACUUCAAAAAAAAGUUUUCAUUUCACGCAAACUACACUAUGUACAUCUGUAAACUCUGUGUGUCUGGAAUUUGAUUCAGCUAGCGGCUGAAUUGAGAGGAAGCCAGGUUCUUGGAAGAGAAAAGAGAAGCCAAAGAGUUGGCCACACCCACUACAAUAGCCGCCUUCACCUGUCCUCGCCUCGGGAUCAGACGGUCCGAAUUACUCCUCCGUGACCCCAUCGAAUUCGCCCCGCCGCCGAUCAUCUCCCUCCUUCCAUCUGCCAUCUCUGUCGGAUUAUAUGGUGGUGGUUGUGGUGAGUGAGUGUUAUUUGGUGGUGAGCUGUGUUGUGCUAAAACAGAGUUUGGUGGGGAGUUGGGUUUGUG